AGCAGAGCACACACAUUUUUCAUUCAACCAACCAACACAAUGACUCGAACAUGUUUCUUCUUUUGGUUAUUGUUCUUGUGCAUCAGUGUUAGCAACUCCACACCACUAUACCCCUACGGUUUUUCUUAUGACAUUAACUGCGGCACUUCAACAAACACCACCGACUCCUUCAACACCACAUGGAUUUCCGAUCGAUUCUUCACCGGCGGCUCCGUCGCUCUUGUCUCUGAACCUCUUCGUUUCCAACAACCAUCGGAAAAAACCCUCCGUUUCUUCCCCGCUUCUUCCUAUGGCAAGAAGAAUUGCUACUCUUUCCCUUCACUCCCCUCCGGUCGUUACCUCCUCCGUACAUUCACCGUCUACGAUAACUACGACGCAAAGUCACGCCCUCCCUCCUUCGACGUCGCCCUCUCCGGUACCGUCCUCUUCAGCUGGCGUUCCCCUUGGCCUGAAUCCGUCGCUCGCGACGGCGCCUACUCCGAUCUCUUCGCCUUCGUCGACAAUGCCACGUCCUCCACCACCGCCGGCGCCGAUCUCUGUUUCUACGGCUACGCCACCGACGCUCCGGUUGUCUCCUCCGUCGAGCUCGUCCAGGUCGAUCCGGCGUCCUACGACUCUUCCUCCACCGGAGAAAACAUCGUUCUCGUCAACUACGGCAGGAUUUCCUGCGGCCCCGGCGUCCACUGGGGGGCCGGGUUCACCAACGACACUGACCGGUUCGGCCGGUCCUGGCAGACCGACUCGGCGUUCCGAACCAAACCGGGAAAUUCCGACGAUGUUCGAGUGGUGACGACGAACAGCGUGAGCGGCGCUGACGUGGAACCUAAUUAUUUUCCGAUGAAGCUUUACCAGUCGGCGGUGACUAUAGACGGUGAGUUGGAGUACGAAUUGGGUGUGGACGCGAAGAUGGAUUAUAUGGUGUGGCUGCACUUUGCGGAGCUUGAUUCGAGCGUGAAGAGAGCGGGGGAGAGGGUGUUUGAUGUGUUCAUCAAUGGAAACAAUGUGAGCAGGGUUGAUAUAUACAAGGAGGUGGGUGGUUUUGCUGCCUUUACUUGGCAUUACACUGUCAAGAACUUGAGCGAAAGCGUGUUGAAUAUUAAGCUUGUGGCUGCUGUUGGUGCCCCUAUCAUUUGUGGGAUUGAGAAUUAUGCAUUGGUCGCCAAUGAUCCUUCUACUGUCCCUCAACAAGUAACUGCCAUGAGAGCAUUGAAGGGUUCUCUUCGUGUUCCGGAUAGAAUGGGUUGGAAUGGUGAUCCUUGUGCUCCUACUGACUGGGAUGCUUGGGAGGGUGUUACCUGCCGUAUGAAUAACGAUAAAACUGCUCUUGUCAUAAGUGAAAUAGAUCUUGGCAGACAAGGCUUGAAAGGGUACAUGAGUGACCAGAUUAGUCUUUUGUCAGACUUGGUAAGCUUGAACUUGAGUUCUAAUUCCUUGGAGGGUGAAAUACCUUCUGGACUAGGUCAAAAAUCCCUGAUACGAUUGGAUUUAUCCAACAAUCAGUUAACGGGCUCCAUACCUGACAGUUUAGCAUCCUCAAGUUUGCAGCUUGUGUUAUUGAAUGAUAACUUAUUGGAAGGACGAGUGCCAGAGCAAAUUUAUUCGGUUGGUGUACAUGGUGGAGCUAUUGAUCUCUCUAGCAAUAAGGGUUUGUGCGGUGUACCAUCUCUGCCAUCAUGUCCUAUGUUUUGGGAGCGCGGCAGAUUAUCCUCCCGGGGUAAAAUUGCAAUAGCCUUGUCAUUUCUUUUUGUUUCCUGUGUGGUACUGCUGCUGGUAUAUAUCUGCAUCAGGAGGAAAAGGAAUGAUUAUGACUUUGGUCUGCCUCAUGAAUUAAUGUCAUUGGCUGCAAAGAGAAACAAAUAUCAGAGGCAGAAAUCGUUGAUGCUUCUAGAGCUGGAGAGUCAACAUGCCAAGGGUUUACCUUCACCUUUUACCCCACAAUAAUUGGUUUUUUAAAUGAAAAUGGUAGAUUGGUUUUCAUAGUUUGCGUCUAAACAUACACCGUUACUGCUUAGAGAAAGUAGUUAAAUCUUACAAGCUUGCAAGCUUCUCUGCUUGGCCAUGUCGCAAUGCUGCAUUAGUGUUAAGAUGGUUUCUGGGGUUUGCUUUUCUCCUACAACUUUUUGUCGAGAUCGAUUGUGCGAGAUACCUAUUGCCAUGCACUGUGACAAUUGUUUCCUUAGUCAUUAUACAAAGGCAUAUUCCUGGUUAUAUCA